AUGGGCGUGUCUGAGGACGACCCGCGGCUGGCCAAGUGCGGCUACGCCAAGCUCCAGGGCGAGGGCGUGGAGUUCUACGUGCGGAAGUACGAAGUGACAAUGGGGCGGCGGAGCAAGAGCACGCAGCUGGACGUUGUGCUUGGGGACAACAUGAAUAUCUCGCGCAAGCACGCCUGCAUCCGGUUCAACUUCGAGAAAGGCUAUUUUGAGCUCGUGGUGUUGGGCAAGAAUGGGGUCACUGUGAGAGGUGUGCUGCACACUCCCAGCUCCGCACCCCUGGAGCUGCACUCCCAGGACUUUGUGUCCAUGGGGGACCGUGGGUUCUACUUCCUGCUGCCCAAGGACGUGUCCAGACUUGGACCACCAUCAGCAAAGCGACCAAGGCUCAGCGCGGACAGCCUGGCUGGUGGCCCUCCCCCAGCGCCCACGGCCAACGGCGCACCCGACCACGCCCCAGCUCCCGCCAUUGCUCGCCCCAAAUCCGCCGGCCCGGACAGCGGCUCCCAGGCCUCACCCAAGCUCACCCCUGCCUCCUCGGAUCGAUCAGAUCUCGAGUACGACGACGUGUCCCAUUCCCCAGAGGGGGGUGAGCUAGUGGUGUCCGGCACUGGGAUGGGUGCCGGGGAGGGGGGGGCUGGGCCCUCAGGGCCCGAGCCCGGGAGAGAGGCAGACGCAGUGGGCAGCCCGCCGCUGGUGUUCACGGGUGGGGCAUCGGGCGUGAUGCAGACGGCACAGUUGUACCACCCGGGGGGCGGCGGGCACUUCGGGUGA